UUCUUCAGAGGGCAUUUGACAAGAAGACAACAAAAGUUCGGAGUUCUAACUAGAAAAGUCUUCGGUUCGGAGGUCUGGUCGCUUUCCCUGUUCUUAUCGUUCGAAAAAACCACCUGAUUGGAAUUUCGCGCGGUUCGCAUGUACCGCUUGCCGCUAGUGUGUUGGAUUACACGUCGGUCAGUGAAAAAUCAGAAUCUCAAGUGCGUUGCGAAACCUGUCAGCUGCAAACUCCCUGCGAGGGUGAAUUUCGAUCGAAUAAAGUUUUUGCUUUCGUGCUUUGAAAUUUCCAACCGGAGACGAAGAAAGUCAGUGUAGCGGCUAAUCGUGAGUUGGACGGGCAUCGACGGCGUUCACGUUUGAGUGCGAGAUCAAACGCUGGUGGUGUUCAGUGAAAAUCUUCUGGAGAAGGUGCGCGAUAAAGGUCGUUUGAUUUACAUUAAGUGGUCUGAUAACUUGCCGCGCCAGUGAGUAAAAGUAAUGGCUGAAGUGCGUCGGCGACGGGGAGAAGGAGACUCGGGAGAGGCUGACGACCCGUCUCCGGCCGAGCAGAAGUUGCAGGAACGGAGCAACUCGCUGACUGCGGAUUCCUCGGAUCACGUUGACUCAGAGGAGGAGAAGUUGCCCGAAGAGAAAUAUGUUGAGGAAUUGGCCAAAACACUACCACAAGGAACGGAUAAAACGCCCGAAAUGCUGGAUUCUGCGCUCAAGGGGUUGCCCGACAGAUGGAAGAACUGGAUAAUUCGUGGUAUAUUUACAUGGAUUAUGAUAUUUGGUUUUGGGCUGAUCAUUUAUGGCGGUCCAUUGGCACUCAUGAUAACGACACUGCUUGUGCAAGUGAAAUGUUUCGAGGAAAUCAUUUCAAUUGGAUAUCAAGUCUACAGAAUCCAUGGCUUGCCCUGGUUUAGAAGUCUGUCCUGGUAUUUCCUCUUAACAUCAAAUUAUUUCUUCUAUGGAGAAAAUCUAGUCGAUUACUUCGGUGUGGUGAUUAAUCGAGUGGAAUACCUAAAGUUCUUGGUAACUUACCAUCGCUUUCUGUCAUUCUGCCUCUACUGCAUUGGGUUCGUGUGGUUCGUUUUAUCAUUAGUGAAGAAAUACUACAUGAAGCAGUUCAGCUUGUUUGCCUGGACGCAUGUUUCGUUACUCAUAGUUGUUACGCAAAGUUAUUUGAUUAUUCAAAAUAUUUUUGAAGGUUUAAUAUGGUUCAUUGUUCCUGUCUCCAUGAUUGUUUGCAACGACGUGAUGGCUUACAUGUUUGGAUUCUUCUUCGGUAAAACUCCAUUGAUUCAAUUAAGUCCGAAAAAGACUUGGGAAGGAUUCAUCGGAGGAGGACUGGCGACAGUCGUUUUUGGCUGCCUAUUCUCUUACAUUCUAUGCCAAUUCCAAUAUUUCAUUUGUCCAAUUGAAUAUUCGGAAACGCUUGGUCGCAUGUCAAUGGAAUGUGAACCGGGGUAUCUGUUUACAAAACAGGAGUACAGUUUCUAUCUGUUUAAUGCUCGUCAGUCGUUCAUGAUAUACCCAUUUGUACUACACUCCCUAUCAUUGAGCAUUUUCAGCUCAGUAAUUGGACCAUUUGGAGGUUUCUUCGCAUCAGGAUUCAAGAGAGCGUUUAAGAUUAAGGACUUCGGUGAUAUGAUCCCCGGCCAUGGAGGCAUUAUGGACCGCUUCGACUGUCAAUUCCUAAUGGCAACAUUUGUGAACGUGUACAUUUCCAGUUUUAUCAGAACGCCAUCUCCAUCAAAACUUUUGUCUCAGAUAUACAACCUGAAGCCGGAGCAACAAUUACAAAUUUUCGAAUCACUACGGGAAAGCCUCGAAUCUCGACAAGUAUUGAAUUUAGAAUAAAAGAAAAGCCAAAUGUUCAAAUUUCUAGAAUAAUUUAGUUCGAUUCUAAUU